GUACAGCGCAGGUUCCUGUGACGUCAUCAGCGGGCGCGGAAGCGGAGAGCGGAGCAGUGAGCGGAGCUCCUGAUUAAUCGGUUUUAAAUCCGUUUCUCUUUGUUUUUCGGAACAGUACGAGAGUCCGGCGGGUAGCGGACCUCUCUGACACUUUUUCCCCGGGUCGUUGAGGCGGCAGCAGCGCGCUGUGUGGAGUUACAAGCGGUUUUUCCCCGCGGGGAGAGGUCGGGAUGCGGCCCGUGUGUGUGAGCUGGGUGCUGCUGUGCGGCCAGUGUUUACUGCUGAUUACCGCGCUGCUGCUGCAAAGCUUGGGGGGCACCCACUCCCACAACUCCACCACCUCCACCACCUCCACGUCCUCCUCCACCCAAACCCCAGGAGAUCGAACCUCUACCACCCCUGCUGCUACCCCCUCCACCACCUCUACUACCACCUCAACCACCACAACCACCGCAGCAACCACCCCUGCAGCUCCGGAGGGAACCCCCACAGAGGACCUGACCUCCCCCACAGAGCCCUCCAACCAUACGGAUCAGUUUGAGUACAGCCCCCCCUCUCCGGUGGUCCUCUGCAGAUACCUACCUGAGGAGUUUGUAUACUGCGAAGAGCCUGAGGACCACAAAGGAAACACCACAGCCCAUAGUGAGAUGGGACGCGGCUGCCUGAAGAUUGGAAAUCAGGGUCAGGUGUAUAAGGAUGUAAACCACACACCGGUGUGGUGCACAGCUUUAGACGGCAUUGAAUGUGCUGCACCUCGAGAGUUUCUCCGUGGGAAUGAACCGUGUAUCAAGUACACGGGUCACUACUUCAUCACCACGCUGCUGUACUCCUUCUUCCUGGGCUGUUUCGGAGUGGACCGGUUCUGUCUGGGUCACACGGGCACAGCCGUGGGGAAGCUCCUCACUCUGGGUGGUCUGGGCAUCUGGUGGUUCGUGGAUCUCAUCCUCCUCAUCACCGGGGGACUGACGCCCAGCGACGGCAGCAACUGGUGCACCUUCUAUUGAGACCUUCUAAUGUCUGAGAGAACAUCACCUGCUUCUGUUUCAGCGCCAAGUCAACCGGAGGAGCCUAGUAUUCACUUAGUGCUGUUUUGUAUAAACACGUUCCCUUUAGGGCCCGAUUGAUAUGGAGCUAGUUUUUGGGUGUUGGUGGAACGUGGUGAAAUAUAAGCUUGUUUGUGGAUUUUUUUCAAGAUUGGAUCUGAAAUGACCUUAAAUAGAUGCACCACCGUGGGUCCCAAUAUGGGACUCAUUAUUUACUGAUAUGAAAGCAACACAUCAUGUAAUAAAUGCUUAGUAUAACCUGCCAUAUAAGAUCUGAGGCUUAAAACAUAUUAUAACACAAAGCAAAACUCUUCAUAAAGAGAAUUCAUGACCACAAAUUAUGGAAUUAGGGCUAGCACAGCACCCAAUACCAAAAAUAUGGAAAUUAUUGAAAAGUGGAUAAUAAAAACAUGCAAACAUUUCUGCGAAAAAGAAUUAUCUUAAAAUGUCUUUAGCUAAUUUUAAUUUGGCAGAAUGUUUGGGCCUAAAGUAGAUAUAACACUAAAAUUACCUGAACUGAUUUUUAAUUUUUGGGUCUCUAAAAUAGCUAAAAAUCAAAAAUGAUACCACUCCAAAAUAUUAUUGGUUUUCAAGAUUUUUAGAUGCUGGAAACACAUAAUAUGAGUUGAUUUUAUUGCUUAUAUACAUUUUUAGGGACCAUAUAACAGAUAUACAGUUAACAUUAUUAACAAAUUUCAGAUCCAUAAAAAAAUAUAUAUUUAACAAUAAAUAUGUAGCACUUCAAAAAAGAAAAAUGUAAGAAUAUAUAACCAGACUUAUUUAUCUAAAUGUAUGGGUUCCUAAAUGGAUACAAAACUAAAAUGUUAUAAUUUGAUGUUGUUUAAUAUUUAAAUUAUAUAAAUAAAAAUUUGUCAAAAAAAGAAAAUUAAAUCACAAAGCAUUCAAAUAUCUAAAUUUUGAAAUCACGAAAUAAUAAAUAAAUCUCAAAUUACAUUGACCAAUAUUUCCAAUUUCAUUUAGAGUCUCAAAAAAAAAAAGUAUAUUGGUCAGUAUUAAUGGUUAUCUAAAUGUUUACGUAUCACAGUCAGUAUCAGUAUCUAAAAUGGAUCAAUUCAAUUUAUAAUCUAAAAUAUUUUGAGAUAACAAAAUUAAAUAUUAAUCUGAAAUUAUUAUAUUGGUCAUUUUAACUUUAAUUGGAAUUGAUAGAUCCCUCAUUAUCAUCACCACCCACUAAAUGCUCAUAUCAGUCGGGCCCUUUAUUGUCACAAACAGAGUCCAAACAGAACCUGCUACUAUAAUUUAUUUAACUGCGCUCUCUCUCUCUCUCUCUCUCUCUCUCUCUCUCUCUCUCUCUCUCUCUCUCUCUCUCACAGUGAACUCUUUACACAGUUCUGUUCAGUGUUUGAUGGUUUGAUGGUGUUCAUUAAAUGUUGGUUCUGUUGGGCUUUAAUGUGACUAUUUGUAAAUCUGCUUAAUGUUUAGUUAAGAAGACCUUUUUGCUUGUGCUACAUCUGUUUAAACAAUGUAUAAAAUAUUUUGUCCUUUUUUUUUGUACGGUGUAAAGAUGCUUUUCCUGCUGUAAAUAAAAUACAUAAUUCAC